AGUGCUUCGUCCUCGACCUGCUGCUGCUGCUGCUGCUGCUCACCUUCCGCCGUUUGUCCGCCCACCGACUUGACUUCCCUGAGCAAUCAAUCAAUCAGUCACUUCCCUCUACGUAUAUGUGAUACAUGCAGCUAUACGCAAACUUCUCCCAGAAGCUUCUUGUUUACCCUUUCCUCAAUACAUCAUCCGCACGAUAGCCUAGUUUGUUCGCUGUCGCCUGCCUGCCGGGAGCUCUCUCCACCACCACGACGUCGUCACCGCGCUACCUACCUACCUACCCACCUACUUACCCAGCUUUCGCGCUUGCUCGUCUGAACACGCAACUCCACAACACCAACUAACAGACCCCCGUAGGCACUGUAGCUCCACCUCCCAUCUCUAUCCGCCAUAUUGCUUUGCAAACCCUGCCGCAGCCAUCAUGGCGAACGGCAAAUCUGGCAAGACAGCGCCGCGGCUGCUCCAAGAUCUGCUCACAUAUGAUCCUCGUUAUGAGCAAAGGGCGAAUAGAAAUCUCCUUACCUCGCCGCCUCCCCAGUUCGACCCAGACUCCGCCGAGCGUCGACCUGCUGUCUCGCCCAAGAAUUGCCGCCACGUCCUCUUCGAGAAGCCCGAGCAGACCCAUACUCCUACGUCCGACCAGCAAUUCGAUUCCUCCGUCACAUACCAGGUUGCUUCCUUCUGCAAGAAAUGCCGCUUCCAUUUCCACGUCGCUGUAUCUUUCGCCCCAAACACUCGGCAAGAUUUGGUUUGUCAAAAGUCCAACAAGCAAUUUCCUCUGCACCACUUUGUCUUCGAGCGCGAAGAGAGCCACGAUGCGCCCGCAAUGGGCGUAGGCGGCACUCAGACUGGUCUUCGGACGCACUUCUUUCGCUGCUCUGCUCCGCAAUGCCCCUUGCGGGUCUUCGUUCGCGUCAUGCCGCCCAGGAUCACCGACGCAGACACACAGCUGUUGACCGACCAGGCGCUUCUCCGCAGGCGGUGGGAGUAUGCGAGGCAGCAUGCAGGCGAACGGGUUGAUACCAGCAUGGCCCGCCGGGUGGAUGCGCCCGACUUUCUAAGCAGAUAUCUUCAAGACAGUCUUAACCCCGUUCAGGGCAAGUCUCGGAUACCCCUGCUGAAUCGGAAAUUCUUGAAGACAUUCGGGAGGGAUUGCGAUGGCCUUUUGAAGAAGCUGGGAUUCAAGUAUGGGAUAGAGCUGGAUCAAGAUGGUGCAGAAACCGAGGUUUGGCAUCUUCCUCACCCCCCUGAUUCGCAAUACCCUGUGGCGAUCAAUGAACCUGUACCUUCGGAGCGCAACAUUAUCGAAGAUGCGCGACACGAGCUCAAUGAGAUUAUCCUUGGCUUCCCCGAUGCCGAACGAUCUGGCUUGCGGACUAAUCCUUGGGACAGCAAGCCAUCCGUUAACAGCAUCGAGAAAAUUCUCGGCUGCCAGAACUACGAUAGAGUUCCCGGGCGCACUACUCGCGCUACCAACCACGAAGAAGACCAUCCGUAUUAUGCUGGCCUCGGUACCGUGGGUGAUUUUGCAGACCACCUAUUGCUAUUCGCUUACACACGCCAAAGUGUCGUGGAUGCGGAAAACGCUCCUUACUAUUUUGAAUGCCUCCAAGAUCUCGCCGUCGGACGGGGAAGCGGGUUCCUCCAAGAAGAUGUCGCAAAACUUGCAUCCAAAGAUUGUGUCAGUCGCAGGGACUUGGAACGGGCUUACCGAUUCUUCGGUAUCGACCCACUACACACGAGCGUCCUCUCCGAUAAUUUCAUCGUCGGCGUAUUCAAGUCCCGCAUGGCUGAUAUGGGCCCCAGCAUGGCCAAUGAUCUUCGUAGUCAUCUUCGUAUCAUUGGGCAAGCCCGUGGAAGCGAUUCUCUAAAAGCGGCGGCCAACGAUACCAUCGAGACGUAUGAGCAGGCCAUAGCUUGGCUUGGGAUCGAGGAGCAUCAUGACGACGACAUAGUGCGCGCCAUGUACAGCCUCAAAACCGACGAAAAUGGCAGUGCCGAAGUUGCUAGAAAAGCGGUUGAAAUAAUUGCGCAACACCGCAACAGCCAGCGCUUGCGAGAGCUUCUGGCAACCGGCGAGAUGAGCGUUCUACCAAUGGAUACUGCCGAAGCUUAUCAACUGCUUUGUAUCAAUGAUAGAACGGCAUCCGUUGAUAUGCAAGUUUUGGCCAGCUCUGUUGAUAUCAUGAUUGAGACAACACCUCAAAUGGAAGCGAAAUAUAAAGAGGCCAUGGCAAUCAUUCAGCGAGACCAAGAGUCCACUAAGCAGCAGCAACAACCAAAACAUCCACUAGACUCCUGGCCUGUGGGCUGUGCAAAUAUAGGCAACACCUGCUAUCUUAACAGCGUCCUACAGUUCUUGUUUACUGUUAAGCCAGUGCGCGACAUGGUACUCGACUGUGAGAAAUUUAUGCAAGAUUUGGAUCCAAAGUCUCUAGAGAAGAAGCGGGUGGGACGAACAGCCGUGUCUCUCGCGAGAGCCAAAACUGGACAACAGUUCGUUCGCGAACUGCAAAAAUUGUUCCAGCAAAUGAUCACGUCACCUACCACAAGCAUCCGACCCGAUAGAACCCUCGCGGCCCUAGCUUUGACUAGAAGCGAUGGUUUAGUCGAGGAGGGCACUGAAGGACCAAGUGAAGCUGUCAACGAAGCUUUUAUCGGCCCUUUGCUGCCACCUUCAGACUCCGCCGUAAAGAGCACGAGACCCACUACCCCUGCAGAUUCUGUUAUGGGUAACAAUGGUGAUGCCAAGAGCGAUACUGAUUCUAUGAAAGCCAUGGAUCUCACAGAAGAUGCUGAUGCACCGGUCGACACCGUUGAAACCGUACCCGAACCCCCAUCUCGCCCUCCUCCUAUCCCACCCAGGCCACAGGCUACGGCGGACAACAGCUUCAGAAAGGUUGAGGAGGUUGCGCGACAGCAGGAUGCUGCAGAAUCGAUCAACAACGUGUUUGACUUGUUAUCUUGCGCAUUCAAAGGCGACGGUAUCUUGCGAGACGAUGAGCAGGAUGACUGGAUCAAAAAAUACUUUUUUGCGGACGUUACAACUGUCCGAAGCAAGGACGGGAAAGAGACACUAAAGACUGAUUUGCAGGAUACAAUCGCUGUCACUCCUAAAGAUCGUGACCAAACACUUUGCGCUGCCCUCGACGAUGAAUUCGGUUGGGGCGAGGCGGAACCCGGUACUUUCAAGUACGAGUUUUUCGAGAAGUCGCCGCCAAUCCAAAUAUUCAAUGCUCGGAGGCUCCAAUUCGAUCCCGUGGCCAAGCAGACGGUGAAGAAUGAGUCACAUCUCGCCUUGGACCAGAUUCUGUACAUGGACCGCUAUCUGAAAUCGACCAACUCACUUUCACACGAACAGCUCCAAGAUCUCCGUAAGCAGCAGUGGAAGUUGCAGGAUGAGCUAAGGAAACUGGAUGGCAAGAGGAAAGCCUUGAAAGAAACAGAAUUCCAAUCGGCUGGUAAAUCAGUCGAUCUUCCUACUGUCCUUGAACAGACAGCCGCAUUUGCCGAGUACGUUACUGAACUAGGUGACGAACAAACCCCUGGAACUACUGUCAUCAACCCGGUAGAGCUACAACCCAUGCUCCACGAACGUGCCCAAGAGAUUCGCUCUGAGAUAGAAAACAUCGAAAAUCGCGUGGGCCAAUUGGAGAAGGAAAUUGACCAAGUAUUUGCAGACUGCAAAGAUCACCCAUACCGCCUGCAUGCCAUCUUCAUGCAUGCGGGAUCAGCUAGCGGUGGGCAUUACUGGAUCUACAUCUACGACGCGCAAAAACAGAUAUGGCGGAAAUACAACGAUGAGACUGUCAGUGAAGAGUCGGAGCAAGAGAUCCUCAAAAAGGUAGACCGGAGCAAUCCUCCGACAAGUACUGGCAUUGUUUAUGUACGGCAAGAUGCAGUCGAGGAACUGACAGAGGCGGUGUGCCGCAAACUAGAAGAAGGCGCGCAUUUGAGCGGCGAUGCGGACGUGGAAAUGAAGGAUGCCAACGCCCCAAUCAUGCGCAUGGACGAGUACAUGGACCUUCGUGUCAUCAAUGGGGUCGAGCAGGAGAACAGUGGCUCUAGCCCUAAAAUACAGUUAGUCGAAGACGUGACUAUGGGUGAAGAACCAGGCGUUGUGUCUGCAGCUGUCAUGCGCAAGAGGACUUCGAGCGAUGAGCUAGAACCUACAUCUCCGGAUAAAAAGAGCAAGAUGUCACCAUGUACAGCUACGCAGGCUGAAUAGCCCUGGCAUGAUUCUGUUGACGCAUGUGGCUUGUUUAUAUGUAUAUGGGUGUCCUUUCAGAAGUCUGAAAAUCGGAAAACGUGUGUUUCGUGAUCGAAAUGGCGUUUUUGCAUUGGUCUUCUUGGUUGGCUACAACCUAUUAUCGCUUUUCUCCUUCUCCUAGUAAACAUUGGUGGGGCUGAUGGGCUUUUGAACGUACACAGGAAUGUAUGUGGGCUGUACGCUUGUGGGCUGACGGAUGAUUCAACAACGGCAACGGAACGAUUUUGAACUUCGUGGAGCAUUAUUCGGGGCCCAUUCCUGUGCUUGGUUUGAUUGGCGAUUCUCUCUCUCUUUUCGUCUUGUAGAUAUACCCAUGGGUACAUGCUUUCCCCCUUGUAUUAUGGAGUUCAAUACCGUCUUCG